UGGAGAGACAAAUGCGUGAGUUUUCAUAAGAGCAUAGCCAGAUCCCAGCUAAUACUCACACGUAUUGGUUCGACCAUCUGCCAUUAUCAUUUCGCUAACUGACUUAGUAGCUUCGUUUUCGCGACUACACAUGGUCCGAUACGAACAUAGUGUGGUGUUUAAUUUUUUUUUUUAAUAAUUCAGGUGUUAUUGAAAUAUAUCUACUGGUUUUUUAGUCGAUUGUCUUAAUGGACGGACCGUUUAAUCAUACCAUAAUUCAGCGAUUAAUAUUAAUUCAAUUUAUUAUUACUAUUUUUACGUGUGUCUACGUUAAAGCCGGAAAUUAUCAUAACGAAUGGGUUUUGCGAAUAACUGGUGGAGCUGAUGUAGCGUCUCUAUUGGCAAAACAAUUCGAUUAUACUUAUCUUGGUCCGGUUCGUGGAUUUGAAGACACGUAUAUAUGGAUUAAGAACGAUAAACCAGGUCAAAAGAAGAGAGGCUACGUUUCGUCAAUGGCAACCUUUAAUUCGAGCUCUAGGAUCAGUUGGGUCGAGCAGCAGAAAUUCGUACGUCGAGAGAAACGUGACUACGUAUCUCCAUUGAUAUUUGAUUCAGAGAAACCUUUGAGACGAGAAAAGCGUCUCCCAUGGAGUUUAUAUGGAAUAUCAUCGAAUACGAUCGAGAAGGACGAGAGAAAAUAUCUACCUAUUUAUUUGACGGAUACAUAUAAUUUAAAUCGCAAAGCAUUAUUUAAUGACGAGCUUUGGGAUUUGGAAUGGUAUUUGCAAGAUACUAGAACGAGUAAGAAACUUCCGAAAUUAGAUCUCAAUGUGUUGCCUGUUUAUAAGUUGGGAGUGACUGGACGUGGAGUGAGAAUCGCCGUUUUAGACGAUGGCCUGGAACAUGAUCAUGAUGAUUUACGUAAUAAUUAUGAUCCGGAUAUCAGUUACAACGUGAACGAAGGUAGCAACGAUCCAAUGCCACGAUACGAAGCUACUGGUAUCUCUAAUUGUAUCGAUUUUCCUUAUGUGUUCAUUUAUGGAGCGAACGCCCACGGAACAAGAUGUGCCGGUGAAAUAGCAAUGGAAGCAAAUAAUGGAAAGUGUGGAGUUGGUGUGGCUUUCGAAGCGUCCAUAGGUGGAAUUAAAUUACUCGAUGGUUUUGUGAACGAUCGAGUCGAGGGUGAAGCACUUGGAUUCAAGUCGGAAAUCGUUGAUAUCUAUACUGCUUCUUGGGGACCACCAGAUGAUGGAAAAAGUUUAGAAGCUCCUGGAAGACUUGCAAGAGAAGCGAUCGAUCGUGGUAUCAAUAAGGGAAGAAAUGGUAAAGGUAGUAUAUACGUAUGGGCAUCGGGUAAUGGUGGAUCAAACUAUGAUAAUUGCGGAUGUGAUGGUUACGUUGGUAGUAUAUAUACCGUGGCGAUUGGAUCGGCAAGUCAAACUGGUCGAUCUCCUUGGUACAGUGAAAAGUGUCCUGCGAUAUUAGCGACUACGUAUAGCAGUGGAGCGUAUCAAGAUCAAAUGAUCGCGACGACUGAUCUACGAAACACUUGUACAACUAAACACACUGGUACUUCCGCUUCUGCACCCUUGGCAGCUGGAAUAUUAGCUCUUGCUCUUCAAGCGAACAAAAAUUUGAUGUGGAGGGACAUUCAACAUUUGAUCGUUUGGACAUCUGAGUAUAAAUCAUUAAAUGAAAAUCCUGGAUGGUUGAAGAACGCAGCAGGAUUUUGGUACAAUUUACAUUUCGGUUUUGGUCUUAUGAAUGCAUACGCCCUCGUAAAUUUCGCACGUAAUUGGACGAACGUGCCGGAGAAAAACAUAUGCGAAGUCCCCAUGGAAUUCGUAUUGGAUAGGAGACUGACUCACGGAGUGAUUAAAACAUUACAUUUUGAGACAAACACCAAAUGUUCGAGUAGCGGAAAUGAGAUAGCUUUUUUAGAGCAUGUCGAGAUUGAGAUGAAUCUCGAAUAUUCUCGUCGUGGUGUUUUGGAAAUGUAUUUAAUUGCACCAUCAGGUACGAAAGUACAAUUAUUGAGUCCGAGAAAAUUGGAUGAUUCUUCUGAAGGUUUCGACAAAUGGAAAUUCAUGUCCGUGGCUUCUUGGGGUGAAAAUCCUCAUGGUACUUGGAUCCUACACAUAUUCGACAAGAUUGGCUCAACUAGAUACAAUGGUACAAUCGGGGAAUUGAAAUUAAUUCUUCACGGCACAAAAUGGCUGCCGUAUUAUCGAAAAUACGAGUCGAGAAUCUACGAUCGUGAAUACAAUUACAAAUGAAAAGCCAUGAAUAAAAACAGUGCUUUUCGAGCGAUCAACGAAAUAGAAGAAAGAAAAAAAGCAAACCUAUGGUAGAACAAAAACUACGUCGGCUCUUUAUACUCGAUCUUUAGAACAAAAGUCGAUCGAACGUUUGACCGAAUUAAAUUUAAAUCCACGUUUCUCAUCCCUUCUUUCGUUCUCUUGGAGAAUUUAUAUCUCUGAUGAAGUAGAAAAGGACGCAUUGAUAUUCGUUUAAAUGAAUCAUAAAGUUGAAUAUACGAAAAAGAAAUUAUUUAAUUAGAAUAAAGAAAUAAAAACGAAAAGAAGAUGAAAAAGAAGAAGAAAAGAAAAAUUGUCUCUUAGAAUAAGAAAUGUAAUCGUUUAUUUAAAUACAUCGUAAUUCUCAAAACAGAAGAUUUGUAUAAUUCUAGAAUAACAAGAUCGUUGAUAAGAAUGAUAAAUAAAAAAUGAAUGAACUGUUAUGAGCUUGAUAGGAUCGUCAAACUUUAAGUGAAGAUCAUAAA